AUGUCUGCUUCUACUCGCAUCCCUCCCAUCGCUCUUCCUUUCGUUAGCGAUCGGGCCAAGAAGACUCUCGAUCUGGUCGAGGAAUUCGUCGAGAAGGAAUGUGUUCCCGCUGAAGCUCUCUUCUCCGCUCAGCUCGGCGUGGGCGAGCAGCGAUGGAACACCGUCCCUGCCGUUAUGGAGCAGCUGAAGGAGAAGGCUAAGAAGCUGGGUCUAUGGAAUAUGUUUUUGGCCAAGAGCCACUUCAAGCAGGGUGCUGGAUACAGCAAUCUGGAAUACGGUUUGAUGGCCGAGUUGCUGGGAAAGAGCAAGAUUGCUUCAGAGGCUACCAACAAUGCUGCCCCUGAUACCGGUAACAUGGAGGUGCUAGCCAAGUACGGCAACGAAGCCCAGAAGCAGCAGUGGCUGGCUCCCCUGCUUGAGGGCAAGAUCCGCUCUGCCUUUCUGAUGACAGAGCCAGAUGUCGCAUCCAGCGAUGCUACCAACAUCGAGCUCAGCAUCCGUCGUGAGGGCAGUGAAUAUGUCCUGAACGGCUCUAAAUGGUGGUCCUCCGGCGCCGGCGACCCCCGCUGCCAAAUCUACCUCGUAAUGGGUAAAUCCGACCCCACAAACAAAGACACCUACAAGCAACAAUCCGUCGUCUUGGUCCCAGCCGGUCUGCCCGGUAUUACUAUCAACCGCAUGCUCCACGUCUACGGCUACGAUGACGCACCCCACGGUCACGGCCACAUUACCUUCACAAACGUGCGCGUCCCUGUAUCCAGUAUGGUCCUCGGCGAAGGCCGUGGUUUCGAAAUUAUCCAGGGCCGUCUCGGACCUGGCCGUAUCCACCACUGCAUGCGCACAAUCGGCGCAGCCGAGAAGGCCCUCGAGUGGCUUAUCGCCCGCGUAAACGACGAGCGCAAGAAGACCUUCGGCCAGGCUUUGAGUUCGCACGGCGUGAUCCUAGAGUGGAUUGCCAAGUCGCGGAUUGAAGUUGAUGCUGCACGACUUGUUGUGUUGAAUGCUGCUAUCAAGAUCGACCAGGGUGAUGCUAAGGCUGCUCUUAAGGAGAUUGCCGAGGCUAAGGUCCUUGUUCCGCAGACUGCGUUGAAUAUUAUUGAUCGGGCUGUUCAGGCCUAUGGUGCUGCUGGUGUUUGUCAGGAUACGCCGCUUGCCUAUAUUUGGGCGGGUAUCCGGACACUCCGGAUUGCUGACGGUCCUGAUGAGGUUCACUUGCAGCAGCUUGGUAAGAGAGAGAACAAGUCUCGGAGAGACGCUGUUGCUGCUAAGUUGAAGUGGCAGCAGCAGGAGUCUGAUCGAUUGCUUAUUGCCUCUGGAUUCAAGGCUAAGAGCCAUCUUUAG